AUGGACAUGAUGGAUCAAAAGGUUUUGCAGCUGGAGCAAGCAGAGAAAGGCACUGAAUUAGAAGAGAAGUUGCCACCUGUGCUUCAUUCAGAGAAGGAGUUCCACGACGCAGCAAAGCGGAAUGACACGGCCAGGAUGGAGGAGCUCAUCAGGAGAGGGGUCGACAUCAAAGCCAAAACCAAUACAGGCCGGACUGCCCUGCACUGGGCUGCAGGAGCCGGGAACGUGGAUGCUGUGCGGCUGCUCCUGGAUCAUGAUGUCCCGGUGGAUGACAAAGACAGUUUUGGAAUGAACGCGCUUCUCCUGUCUGCCUGGUUUGGCCACCUCCAUGUCCUGCAGAUCCUCGUCAAUGCUGGGGCCAAGAUUAACUGUGUCAAUAGGAACGGCAGGAACCUGCUCCACUGUGCGGCUCAGAGGGGACAUGUCCGGGUGGUGGAGUUCAUCGUGGAGGACCUGGAAGACAUGUGUGUAGAUAAGACAGACAAGAUGGACAGGACAGCAUUUCACCUGGCUGCAGAGUAUGGGUGGCUGGAGGUGGUGGAGUUCCUAAUUCGACUGGGUUGUAGUCACGGUGCCAAAGACAAGGAAGAAAAUACAGCAUUGCAUUUAGCUGCUAAAAAUGGACACCUCUCUGUGCUACAGAAGAUUAUAGAUGUUGGAGUGGACCUCGGUGUAAAGAAUUUAGAAGGACUCACAGCUCUGCACUUGGCUGCUGAGGGGGGUCACAGCAACUCUGUGAAGCUGCUCUUGGAAGCUGGUGCUGAUGUCAAUGCCCAAACCCAGAAGAAGAUGAACUGCCUUCAUUACGCAGCACAGCAUGGCUAUGAGGAGAUAGCCCGGAUCCUCGUGGAUGCAGGAAUCCACACAGACGCUGUUAAUCAUCAAAAUGCAUCAGCAACACACAUUGCGGUACUGCAGAACUUCCCAGCUAUGGUGAAGCUCUUCAUUGACAUGGAGUGUGACCUUGACAUUCCAGAUAAUAGGCAGCAGACCUCGCUCCACAUCGCUGCAGAGCAUGGCAGGCAGGACAUCGCUGAGAUGAUUCUCAUUGCAGGAGUUAAUCUGAAGCUAACAGACAAGCAAGGGAAAACAUCUCUGGAUGUUGCUGCCCGAAGCAAUCACAUCAACUUGGUGGACAUGAUUAUCAAAGCUGAUCGGUUUUACAAAUGGGAAAAGGACAAUCUGAACAGCGACUCCGACUCCUGGGUGGCAAAGCACUUGACCUUUAAGCAAGAUCACAGGCUGGAAACGCAGCACAUUCGCUCAGUGAUGUGGAGAUUGGCUACAAAGUACCUCAAACCUGGUGAAUGGAAGAAGCUGGCACAUUACUGGAAAUUCACUGCUGCCCACAUUAGGGCUAUUGAGCAACAAUGGACAGGCACUAAAAGCUACAGGGAGCAUGGCCACAGAAUGUUGCUUAUCUGGCUCCAUGGCGUGAUCACAGCAGGAGAAAAUCCAAUCAAGGGAUUGUAUGAAGGCCUUGUGGGAAUCGGAAGAAGAGAUUUAGCAGAAAGCAUUCGGAAAAAAGCAAAUGCAGACUCAGCCUCUCCACGGAAGUGUGUAGCAAUGUAACCCAGGAGGGCACUGGUGACUCCUCCAACUCAGUGCCACAGGAGAAACACCUGCCCAGAAAAGCUUGUCAGAAGGCAGCUGCAAGUACAGGGCUUCUUGUCCUCAAGGGUUGGUAUCGCUGCUGCUUCCUUCCUGGCCUAAAACAAGGUAUCAGCUAAUGGUCUAAAAUGUGUCUUUACACAGAGAAGGAAGAUUUUUAUCAGUUAUUUCAUAUGGUCUGGGUACUGCAGGAAGAGUUCAGUGAGCAAACCUCACUUCAGGAAAUCCUACACUAUUUUACUGUAACUUGUUUACAUCACAUUUUUGUAUAUAAAUUUUAAAUUCUUAAUAUUUUAAGUUAUCGAGGGGAAAGCCUUUGUUUCCCAGAGUGUUCUUUACUUACUUUGUUUGGAAGUGUGUGUGUGUGUCUAUCCCAUGUGUCUUAGCUGUGUUUGUAACUUCCCUCUUAGGGUGGGAAUUCAAGAAAGUCAGGGCUACUACUUGGUCCUUUUGGAACAUUAAGGGUCAUGAUCUUUCAUGUUUCAACUAUUCACAAGAAGUUGUAGAGAAGAAUGUUAACAUGCACUGUUUACAAAUGUACAUUAACAUACAUGUACUGUUUAUAAAUCAAAGAGGUAGCUUAUUUAAUCCCAAGGCUACAGCUUGAAAAGUUUGAAGAGCUUGAAAAGAUGAGAAUGGUCAUUGGUUAUCUGCACAGAUUCUGACAAGGACAUACAGUUUUCUUAAACAUCCCUUCAUCAUGUAAUACUUCGUGUUUAUUUUUUAUGGUGUUUCCAGGGGAAAAUAAUAUCUGUAUUUCAAAAAAUCCAGGUUGUACCCUUAAAUGUGCUUCAAGCUAUACCAGUGCAAUCUUGUAAUUAAAGCUGUUCCAUCCUUGAGGUGAAUUCAAGCAGAAGGUGCUAGUUUUCCUUAUUUUCUGUAGAGGCAAACCAGGACCAUAGUAAGCUACAGUGCUGUUCUCUUAUAGUCAAAAUGAGACACUUGCAGAAAUUGAAGUUUUAUUGAAAACCAUUUUUAAACAGCAAAGUUAAAAAUUCAAACGCUUUAUUUCAAAUAGAAACCAACAACACGUGAAGCAAAUAAGUGAUGGCAACACUGGCACUUAAACAUCUU